AUGACCCUCCGCAGAGGGGAGAAGCCGCCCAUCAGCAUCCAGGAGCACAUGGCCAUCGACGUGUGCCCCGGCCCCAUCAAGCCCAUCAAGCAGAUCUCCGACUACUUCCCCCGCUUCCCCCGCGGGCUCCCGGCCGCCGGGCCCCGCAGCGGCGGCGCGCCCCCCCCGCCGCCCCCCCGGCCGAGCCGCCGCGGCGCCCGCCGCGACCACCGCGACGACGACGAGGAGGAGGAUGAGGAGGAGGACGAGGACGAGGCGCCGCGGCCCCUGGGAGCGUCCGGAGCGACACCAGCGCCGGCGCCCGCCAAGUGCCCCGAGGAGCCCGUCGACCCCGAGGGCUACGAGUCCGACGACUGCACGGCGCUGGGCACGCUCGACUUCAGCCUGCUCUACGACCAGGAGAACAACGCGCUGCACUGCACCAUCAGCAAGGCCAAGGGCCUGAAGCCGAUGGACCACAACGGGCUGGCCGACCCCUACGUGAAGCUGCAUCUGCUGCCCGGCGCCAGCAAGGCGAACAAGCUGCGGACCAAGACGCUGCGCAACACGCUGAACCCCACCUGGAACGAGACGCUCACCUACUACGGCAUCACCGACGAGGACAUGAUCCGCAAGACGCUGCGGAUCUCGGUGUGCGACGAGGACAAGUUCCGGCACAACGAGUUCAUCGGCGAGACCCGCAUCCCCCUCAAGAAGCUGAAGCCCAACCAGACCAAGAGCUUCAGCAUCUGCCUGGAGAAGCAGCUGCCGAUGGACAAGACRGAAGACAAGUCGCUGGAGGAGCGGGGCCGCAUCCUCAUCUCGCUCAAGUACAGCUCGCAGAAGCAGGGGCUGCUCGUGGGCAUCGUCCGCUGCGCCCACCUGGCCGCCAUGGAUGCCAACGGCUACUCCGACCCCUACGUCAAGACGUACCUGAAGCCGGAUGAGGACAAGAAAUCCAAGCAUAAGACAGCGGUGAAGAAGAAGACGCUAAACCCCGAAUUCAAUGAGGAGUUUUGCUACGAGAUCAAGCACGGAGACCUGGCCAAGAAGACCUUGGAAGUGACCGUGUGGGAUUACGACAUUGGGAAAUCCAACGACUUCAUAGGUGGCGUCGUGCUGGGCAUCAACGCCAAGGGCGAGCGCCUCAAGCACUGGUUCGACUGCCUGAAGAACAAGGACAAGAAGAUCGAGCGCUGGCACACGCUGACCAACGAGCUGCCGGGCGCCGUGCUCAGCGACUGAGGUGGCCCCGGGGCUUUGCCAAGGCUCUUGGCGCCUGGUUGUCCACACA